CAACACCACCGCAACGAAAAUGCGAAAUCCUUCAGCCACGAAUUUCUAGCAACCCGGAUUGAUGGAGGCAAGAUGGAAUCUCCAAGUCCAUUCUAUGCCUACAAGGAGACACGCUUAGAUCUCGAACCGGCGACGCAAGGCUCCACCGUUGCGAUCCGUUUACCUCCCCAUGGCGCGUCAACAAUUCUUUCAAGAACGGCCCAGAAACGAUCCCAAGUCACCGAGAUCCCGAUUGCAGAAGAUGAGGUUGCUUUUAGACGAAGUCAUUUGGCAACAGCGGCCUCAAUUUACCACCGAUCCCACUACAAGUCCCCCAGGAGCUUCCUUUGGAGGGUAUUGGAAGAUGGAAAGGUGCUUUCUGUCCGGGCAGUAGAUGUUUCUAGGCCGAGCAACUCUGCGGAUGCGAACCUUACGUUGCGGUUGAACUUCCCAAGUCCGAUUACACCUGGAUGUAUCGCGUUGUCAGAUUCCAAGGAUCAUGAUAUAUUGAGCAUUUUCGUCAUAACCGAAAGCAAGCACCUCUACACUCUCACCCUGCGUCCAGACUUCUUUCGAAAGCCCUCAAGUACAGAAGAUAACGUCGAUGACUGGUGCAAGUCAUGGGUCUCCCACGCCUCUUUUAAACUUCCCCAUAGGCUAGCUACUCUAGGAGCGGACGAUCUCUUGAUUUCUGCUCAUGACGGGUCUUUGCUGAAGCUAGAUCGGAACUCUGGCGGCGACGGUUCUGUCUGGAGAGAAUCACAUCACAGCGCUGGCAGUUGGACACAAAAUCUGCGGAGCAUGAUCGUACGAGGCAGCAACACAGUCCUUUAUGGCAAACACUCUCUCGAAUUAUCCUCGGCUACCUCUAUAGCAACCCCAGCGGCAAUCAUUGAUGGCGUUUCCUAUGUCUUCAUGGUCUCACUAGAUCAUCGACUUCGGAUCUGGAAUCUGGCAGCUGGAAGGAUGGCUUAUAAUGGAGAUAUGUUGAACCAGGAGACUGAAUUGCAUGAAGAGGCGAAGAAAGUCAUUGAUCCAUCACAAUCACAGCUGGUCAAGGUCUUUGGAGAUAAUGAUGAGAGCGCUCUAUGCGUCACAUUCUCUCCUCUUGGAACUGGCCAGUUCAAAUUCUGGAACGCUACCCCAAACGAAGCUGGAAACCUCGAAGUGGUAGAUCUCUUCCCCGACAACACCCUAAUACCACAAACUCCCACUUCCGAAAUAUGGACUCUGGCAGAUUUCUCCGUCGUCCUGGAUCGAUCCAACGCCAACAAUUUCACCUUGUGGGCGUUAUGGAAGAACAACGUAACAUAUAGGCUUCACAAACUAAAUUUCCAAAGUGGCUCGACCUCUAGAUUACGAGACGCAUGGGAGGGAAGCUGGGAGGCAAUGGCCACAGAGACUCUCCGCGAGACUCCCCUCCCUGCGGCAUUUCCUGGUGACUCGGCAGAUAUGACCGAUAAAUGGCUAGAUUUCAUCUUAUUCCCAGGUAGAUUUACCGGAGCUACUAUUGAAACCGGGCUUGCGAUUUAUGCUCGUGGCUUGGGGUCGGCUAAAGAAGCAGCGCGAAGAUCAGGGAGCCUCCCUGAAAGAAUGUGUGCAAUCAUCGCAUCGACUGUUUCUCUACAACAUAUAUCUGGUGACAACAUGAAUUACGAGGAGUUCCGGACAGCAACGGAUACUCAAUGGCGCCGAUUCUACCGUUUGCUGCUAGAACUAGACAAGCAACGUGGUGAAGCUAUGUCGCUGGUCAUUGAUCCUCAAGGGGAGAUGCCUUGGGUAAUCUUGGCGGACGGAAUCACUGCAAUUCGAGACUGUAGUGGCCUCGAGAAAAUUUGGCAUAACAACGGAAUGGUACCCGCAGGAACUCAACACAUAGCUCGGCCACUCUUCGCUGCAGCCUCGUUCAGGGACUCGCUGUCUGACCAUUUCAUCCACGGUUGCAAGGCCAUGCUUCUAGAAGAGAUAUUCCAGGAGCCGUCAUUGACCGAUCCUGCGAGGAUGCGUGCAUUCUACGAUAAGUGCGACUUCUCCAACCAGAUAGGCGACGAUGAAUAUUCUCAACUUGUGAGUGGCCUCGGUGGAGACUUCAAAGGUGUCACCCAACAUGUCUAUCAAGCAAUGCUUGAACUUAUGAACACUGCCGAAGAUUUUGACAAGAGGCCACAAGUUCUUCCGCUCGCAGAAUUCGGAAACAAACUGGUACUGAAAGGAGUUCAGGAGACGACUGAAUUGCAUCGCAAUGUCUGCCUCGACCAGCUGAUUUUCCUCGUCCUGUUAGAAGUGGAGGUCAACCAUGGGGAAGAGGGAAUUCAGUUCGAGACCGCAGCAGUUUUUGGUCAACUCAUGCCAAUGUUCGCGAGGCUUGAGUUGGUAAAUUGGCUUGCGAGCACGCAGAUUUCUCUACCGCUUAAGAAGGUUGAGCGCUCCAACUCCAUCUCCGAGAAGGCCACGAGCCCUACGAGGAAGCCACCGCCAAGAUUGGAGACAUUGACAGUUUUAGAAGGCGUGCUUCGACACUUGUUCGGAUUGGAUCUACGAAGAGACGAGACCCUGUCCUCGGUUGUCACUGAGGUCAUAAUACAGAUCUGCGCCCUUGACAGCGAAUAUGAGGCACCUCCUGCCGUUAUACAAUGCUUUUUGCUCAAGCAUGACCGGGCCGAUCUUGCCAUAGAGUUCUCAAGAUUUGCUGGCCGCGAUGCGUUCUCCACCUAUAUUCAGGGAAGAGCAUGUCUUGCCGCCAAUGAACCCCUCACAGCCUCAAUGCUCUUCAAGAAGGCUGCGUUCGGAAUGGCAUAUCCAAAUCCAAAGAAGAGAACCGAUCAUCGUAGCGCUGGUUACCUUGACGAGACCGAGAGGAAUCUCUUGAACGCAGGUGUGCCAGAGUACUACGCUCAUAUUGUUGCACUAUUUGACAGAGAGAAAAUGUACUCUUUUGUCAUUGAUUUUGCAAGACUGUCUCUCCAAUUCAUGAAGGUUGGCAACCAAGAACCUCAAGCAAUCCUGCUCCGAACAGAGAUGCAUAGUCGUCUCUUCAAUGCUGCCAUUCAAACGGCACGCUUCGAGCUCGCCUACUCUAUUCUUGCCCUUUUCACCGACAAUGCGCUUCAGCAUUCCUCUGUCAGGACUCUCGUGACCAAGAUGUGCGAGUCCUCCUAUGCUUCUCAACUUACCGAGCUCCCUUUUAUUGGCCUUCAAGACGCCGUGGACUCAAUCCUGGCUCAGAAAUGCCAAAGCAUUGUGGAUGUCACAGUCGGCGUCCCAUACCACAAAAUCCUCUACGCCUGGCGAAUCAAGCGAAGUGACUUCCGCGGUGCCGCGACCAUUUCUCUCGAACGCCUGCAACGACUCCAACAAUCCGGAGAUGGCGACAAGAUAAUCGGUGAAGAUGGCCUCGAGACUCCCGUCACAAAACAGUACAUCGCACUUAUCAAUGCGCUGAGCUGCGUAGAACCAAAACAAGCUUGGAUCCUAUCUGAAGAACCUCCACGGAAAGGGGCCACCGGAAAGAACAGUCAACAGAAGAGGAAGGUGGUUACUCUGGAUGAUCUGAGGAGGGCUUACCAGGAGGAGCUAGAUCGCAUUGCUGCGAUCCAAAAUAAUCAGUUUGCAUUUGCAGGGGGAGAUGAGAUGGAUGUUUUAUGAUUUGAGCCAGUAAGGCCGGGCAGAGAGCAUGGCGUGAUAUGGAGCCUGGAGUGAGAUUCUGUAAAACAGAUAGCAGAUACUGCGCCUUACAGGUGGAAAUGCUGAUGACCUUCCUACAAUCCAGC